UGCCUGGCUAGCAUAUUUCUGUGGCUGUCUGUAAUAAACACUUACCAUGGAGGGGAGAAACGAGAAGUUGUUCUCCAGGAAAAGAAGUUUCACAUUCGGAGCUUACGGAGGGAUUGACAAGUUCAUCACUGGAAAUGAGAGCAGCUGUGCAGAAUCUGUGGGUCACAGCAUACUGGAUAUUUUGGAUUCCCCCUCCAGUGAGGCUAAGCCACUCACUUCUGCACCGUCCAGUCAGAAGGUCACAGAGUUGUUUGCAAUCAUUGAAAAGCUACAGGGUAGCAGAUUGGAUGAACAGCGUUGUGAGUUCCCACCACCUCUGAGGACACAGCUGUUAAAGAUUGGAGAUGGCUUACCUCUCAUCUUGCCCCCUAAAUCUGGAGGUUAUUGGAUCGACCCUCCCCUGGAUAGACAUGUGGAGACCAGCCCUACUCUCUCACAGGGGGGUUUUGGUCUGGAGAGCUAUGACAUAAUGGAGAGAGACAGUGAAGCUAAAGUCUAUCAGGAAUUCUUCCGCCACAGAUAUCAUCAUUCGUUCACCGCCUGUGACUCCUCUCUUGGGCCCCUAGUUUUAUCUGUUUGUCUUGAGGAAGAGGAAAAUCGCCUGAGAGUCAUUUUGAGGAUGAAGGAGUGCUCAAUUCAUGGCACAUUCUCUGUUUCGCUCUUUCAACAAUUCCCCACGGCAGUGGAGCUGGCAAAGAUGUUGUGCUCAAGUGUCAGUGUCACAUGUUUUGAGGCUGUGAGUUACUUAAAGGCCCCAGAGAUCAUAAUGGCGUUUGAUGAACACAGAGUGUCUCAAAACUUUAAAUUUGGUGUCUUAUGCCAGAGAGAAGGACAGUUAACAGAGGAAGAUAUUCUUAGUAACAAUGAGGAAAGUGAGGAGUUUUUAGAGUUUUUAUCAAUACUUGGACAGACGGUCAAACUGCAAGGAUUUACUGGUUUCAGGGGAGGUCUGGAUGUUUCUCAUGGCCAGACAGGAAAUGAAGCGGUUUUCACCUCCUUCCAUGGACGUGAGAUUAUGUUCCAUGUCGCCACUAAACUACCGUUCACAGAAGGAGAUACACAACAGUUGCAGAGAAAAAGACACAUUGGGAAUGAUAUUGUUGCCCUGGUCUAUCAGGAGGGUAACACUCCCUUCAUUUCAGAUGUGAUCAGAUCCCACUUCUUGCACUGUUUCAUUGCAGUGAGGAGGAUAAAGAGAGAGAAUGAGGGAGAGGGAGGAGACGGGGGAUCAUUUCAGGUAUCUGUCACCGCUAGGGAGGAUGUACCCCCAUUUGGCCCACCGCUUCCUACACCGCCCAUUUUUACAGAGGGCUCAGUUUUAAGAGAGUUCCUCUUGACCAAACUUAUAAAUGCUGAAAUCUCUUGCUACAAGGCUGAGAAAUUCAGUCGACUGGAGUUACGUACACGUUCAUCUCUUCUGGAAGCACUGCGGUCUGAACUGUCUUCCCUAUCCCAAUGCAUGUUGGGAGAGCCGUCACAGCCCAGCAUCCCCCUCACUGAAGGGGGGAGGAGUGUUCCAGAGGGUGGAGGAGGAUUCAUUGAGAACUUUAAGAGAGCUAUUAGGGUACGAAGCCACUCGUUCGAUACCUUGGGAGUACAAAAGAAGGCAGUUGGUGUAGCAGGGCAGCGACCAAAGGAUGGUGAGAGUGAGCAGACAAGCAACAUGGGCUACACUGAGACAAGAGGUCAAACCAGUCCCCAGGACGACUUGUAGAUGAAGGAUGUCACUAAUUCUGAGGCCUAAGCACAAAAAAGACUUCCACAGAUUUCAAGAUCCAUUGAAGAGUGCAAAGCACAAUAAAGUAAAUAGAUAUUUUAACAAACUUUGUAGGUAAGUUGUUACUAGCUCCAAGUGCAAUCAGAAAGAUAUGAAUAUAUAAGAUUUCAUAAACUGUAUAUUAUCAUUUGAAUGUCUUCUUUGAAGUGGCAUAGUAUAGAUUUGAUGGCUGCUUAUAGCUGAUGUAUCCCAGUGAAGGUGGGUUUCAUUUCUGGAAUUUAAACUAUUUUUCUGCAAUUUAUCCAGUAAACUGUGAUUAAAUAUUGAUGUGUAUUUUAAAUACAUUUCAGUUCAUAAUGGGAGAAAAAAUAAACCUCAUUAGCCAUAUUUUCUGUAUUAUUCAAUUUUCUUAAUUAUUCCACCUCAUUUUUAAUGCAUGUACAAGGUUCCCGUCUAUGUUGUUUUAAAUUACAAACUGGUAUUUAAGAUUAAACUGGAAACAAACACUGGUUUGCAGCACUAAGUUUUAGCAUUUACUGCACUUUGCUAUUCUUUGAGUUGUUUACAUGUAGCAGGUAAUUAAUCAAAAACCUCAAACAUUCACAGGAAAUAUUAGGUGGAACUUUAAUUUACCAUAUCCCACAGGAAUACACUUCACACAAUGCAACUCAAGUCUUAAGAUGUUUUACGACACAAUCCUUAGGCUAGUUGGGGUCCAGCAGCU